UUCAACCCCUUUCUCUCGGCAGCUUUGCCCAUUUUCUGUAAUUUUUUUCUUAAAUUCUGCUUUUGUUGUUGCGUCAUGUGUUCUUUAUUCCCUAAUUUAGCUAAGCCUGGGAAAACUUUAACGAUUUGGAUGUCUGGAUUAGCUGCAGACAAAUUAUUAAUAAUUCUUUCAACUUUUUCAUUUCUAGCAAAGCCUCCCAGAUGUAUCACCGUGUCGGUGAUACCAUCCUUUACUCCCUCAUCGUAAAGCACAGCCGGAGCAUCAGCAAAGAUUGUGGCAGGCUCCCACUGAGCCUCUUCGGGAGUAAAACCCUGCCACUGAACUAGCGCCCUCACAGGUAGUCCAUCCUCCCCAAAUUCUUUUUCUAUAAUUUUCUCUAUAAUCCAAAAAGCUCUUCCAUUUUGGUCAACUCUGUCCGGUA